AUGGUUUGUGUUAUCAUACCGUUCCGUCGGGAUAAAGCAGGAGCUGAUAAUUUUUUGAUCACAGCAUCUGUUUCGCUACUGAAUGUUGAAUUACGCAAGAAAAGGUGGUAAGCGACACGAUAAAGUAUUUUCUUUCUCUCUUUUCUCUUAAGAGUUUAGUCUUCGAAGCUGCUUGUCUCACAGAGUCAAAUUCUUUUUUACUUUUCUGAUUAGAAAGUGAUCAAAAGUUUAACUCUGACGAAGCAUACAAUUUCGGAAACAAUAUAAAUUUCAUUAUGAUUAAUUGAAUUGAGGGGAAAAAGUUUGCGUUUUAGAAUUUGGUUGAAUCCGAUUUCACUGUUGAAUACCGCGUGACUUAAGCAAAAGAAAGAAAGGGUCAUUCCCCAAACUGAAUAAUGUUUGCCCUUUGAAGUUGCAAGACUCGGUGAAAAACAAAUACUAAGCUAAUUGGAAUUUUUCACGGCGGUGCUGCGAGAGAAAGUUUUUGAUAACGGUCAAUCAUUGACAGCGAGGGGGAGGGAGGGAUAAGUUUUACUAGUUACCAGUCUUGGCAUAAAGACAUCAUGGCGGCUGCCUUGAAGAUACGAUGUACUUCUUUGCCUUUUGUCGUAUUCCAAAAUAACAAAAGAUGGAAGUGCAUCUCAGCCCUUGAAUCGUAAAACGCCAAUCGCUUAUACAAGGAUAGAAUCCGCACUGAACAGAAAUAUGGUUAACUAUGGCAACUUUUUCACAUUAUGCUGACAUUCGUGUUUUCUUCCUCAAUUAGGUUUCCCCAUAAGCUUGCAGUUUUUUGGAAAAAAAGGAAAGCGAAAUAUAGCACAAAGGUAGUCAACUUAGACUUUGGAUCUCUUAUCUUUCUCUCUUAGCUCAUUAAACGUUAUUUAUUUCUUAAUCGUCAGUUUGAGUUAAAGAAAUAUUUCUUGCAAUUACUUUUUCUCUCAGCCUGUAGCAUGGUUUGGAGGUGUUGAAAAUGGUUAUCGUGGUGUUCAUUUUUGGCCUGAGCCUGAUCCAGUAGAUAGUAACCUUACUCUCCUCAAGGUAAGUUUCAAACAAAGGCAGUCUGUCAGUGUUCCUGUACACAGACCAUGCCAAAUUUGGUUACUUCACGUUGUUGUUUGGCCAAGGACACCUUCAACAUAAAAAAGUUCUAAACGCUAGUGCUUAGCUGUUGUUCUGCUCAUUUGGUCUUUUGUUUUGCCACAUAUUUGUUUCCAUCAUUCUCAUGAUUUGUUCAAGGUCCCUAAUAUUGUUGUUAUCAAGUUUGUUUCUUUGUUUUAAAACAAUAUUUAUUUGUAUUUGUAGAACCCAGAAGAUGAAAUGACAGAAUAUCAAGAAAAGCAGUGGAAUAUUUACAUCUGUAAUGUAAGCUUUUCCCUUUUCAAUUUUACAUGAGUAUGUAGUCGCUCUCUGCCUUUGAUACUAUUUUCACUCCAGGCAGUUUGGAGUAUAUCUGAACACUUUUCAUCUUCCUCUUGCUUCUUUGAAAUCAUUAGGUGUCCCCCAGUGGUUGUCACCAGCUUCUGGCCACUGGCUGUAUUGAUAUCAGCAAUUACAUUACAGAGAUGCCUGGAAAAGUGGAAGUUACUGUCACUCUUAAGCCAGCAAUCAAGAAAGUUGUUUCUGGUAAAAUUGAGUUUGAAUUAUCAUGGAUUAUCCAGGAAGAUGACGGAGUCAUUCAGUGAGUAUUCUUCAAUAAUUUCCAUUGCUAGUUAUUGUAAUGAUCAUCUAGCCUAUGUUUGGCAUUUAUAAGUCAGUUACUAUCAUAAUGCUAUUUUAGAUCCAUGAACUUGAUCAAUAAACUUUCAAAGUGAGAUAUUAUCAUUUUUGCUUCAUAAUCACAAGGGUCAACUAAAAUCUAGUUUACUUGCUCGAUGGUUUUUAUUCAUGCAAUUAUUAUUUGUUUUGUCUAAAAGUAAUUGUAUUGUGAAAUUCCAUUAACUCUUUUGCAUUACCUUUACAGUCCCACAGAUGAAGAGAUAUGGGAAGAGAUAAUGCAGGAGGUCAGGGAGGAACAAGCAAGAAGAAAAGCUGAGGGAAAGACAGCCAAGUAUAAAUCUUUGAAAAAAAGAAGGCGCAGGAAACGUAGCUGCUCAAGUAAUACAGACAUUGCCACUGAGGAAGACAGAAAGAAAGAUGAAAACAAUGAAGUUGGCUGCUCAAGUGGUACAAACAUUGCUGUUGGGGAAGAUAAAGAAACUAUUGAACAACAAGGUGGCAUCUUCCCAAAUGCUGAAGCUCAGGUGGAUCCCUCAUCUGGCAGCAAUACCAAAGUGGGGUCAGGAAAGGUCAGGAGGCAGUCUUCACCUCAUCAUGUACAUCUUAGCCCUGUUUCACCCCAGACACACCCACCUGCUAGCCAGGGUCUGCCAUUAGAGAGUGAAGAGAAAAAAGAGGUGCAGAGUAAAAGGAACCUUCAUAAAACUGUCAGGUUUCAAAUUGAUGAACAGCCUGAGGUAUUACAUCUUGUUGUACAUGAUGAAGAAGCACUGGACUCCUUGUCAGAAACUGUUUACAGAGAAACAGUUUUCAUAAAGGAAGAUGAAGUUGCAACAAAAGAGAAGUGCAUUCCCAAGAGAGAUGAAAAUUCAUGUAAGUUCUGUUUUGAUUUCCAGCCUCCCAUUCCAAAUGGAAAGGGGCUUAAAUUUGAAUACUUUUCUCCUGUUUGAUCUGAUUUAUUUUCAAUCAAACAGUUUUAUUGUAAGACUCCUUGGAACCUUGAGCUAUAAGCACUAAAUAAAAAUCAUAACUUUACAUUUUUUUAUUCUGAAUUACAACUAUUUUUGUUGAUUAUUGAUGUUAACUUUUUUGUUCAGCCUCAAGUGGAAGCCAGCUUCACUCAGAGUUGGCCAGUUAUGUUGAAGAGGAACUGAAGCUGGUUCAAGAUGAAUUAUUAUCUUCGGAAGAAGUCCGCUCAAAAGUAAAACUUGAAAUGCAGAGAGCUAUGUCAUCAGGUGGGUGAUCCAUUUCCAAAAUGAUAAAGUGAAAUACCUUGGAAUUUCAAAAAAACUUAUGUUAAGUUCUUUUCCCCACUAAUGAGUUAUAAAUCUUUAACUCCAGGAUCUUAUUGGUAAUUCUCUUUACUGUCUGCAGUACAAUUCUUAUGAUAUUAGAUCAGUAAAAUUGGUAUUGAAUGGACUAAUGCUAUUGUUUUGAUAUUGUAAGGAUAAACUCUGUCUUGAUCAUUCUCAGGAGUGAAAGCAUUAAAAAUAUUAAAAAACAGCUAAUUCCCAAACUAGAGAUACUGCAAGUUUUUACACUUAUUUCAGGUGUUAUAAGCCAUGCUUAACUUACACAGCUUAUACAAUGUAUUUGUUUACUUUUUGUCUGUAGACCACAAAGAAGAGUUUGAAAGCUUAAACCAAGGCUGGCUUAUAUUGGAUAGCUUCCAUUCCAAAGUGUUGAAAAGAAAAGACGACCUUCUUGCCCUGUAAGUAAUAGACUUAUUUUAGAAACGAAAUAAACAUGUCCAUUGUGACUUAAAAUGUAGUCUUACGUUGUAAUCCAUGGUCCAAAAACUCUGCACAGGUGCCUAUAUAUGUGGACCAACUGCCUUUGGUAUGGAUAACUAAUCUAUCUAUCAUAUAUUGCUUAAUUAGUUCCUCUGGAUUCAUUUUUAUUAUUGUUAAUAAUAAAAAAUGUGAGCAGUGGAAUGAAUAAUGUUUGAUUUACAGAUCGAGAAGUUCCACUGUUUGUCCUUGUUAUUUAUUUGGGUUUUUCAGAGACUGUAGUAAUUCUGCUUAACUAAAGGUUGUAUUUAGCUUGAGGCAGAAUUGCUUGAUUUUCUGUUUUCCUUUCACCAAUAUAGUGACAAAGGAAAAAACAUUGAAAAUUGUCUUAACUUGCUGUGUUCAGAUUUGAGACACCUUUCAGAAGUGGAAGGUAAGUAUUCAGUUGUUUCUCCUCUUUUUUCUCAGUUUAGUGUUAUUGGGACUGGUUCACUGAGCCUUGAUUCUUAACCCUUUACACCCUAACAUCAUUCUGUAUAUAUAUAUAUAUAAAUACUCCGAAGUGUUGUCUUUACAUUUCCUAAGGUGCUAACUGGUGAAUUUGUUUAACAACCUUGAGUUUCUUUACAAAGUGAUCAUUUCCUUUAUCCUUGUGAUAUUCUCAAGAGAAAUUAGUUGCUAUUCUCUCUUCAGGGCCAAAGGCAUAAGCCAAAAUGUAUAUGAAGGAAACAAUGUUUUGUAUUUUGAUUUUAGGCUGGAGGAAAACAGAUGAGAACAAAGCUCAUGAAAAAAGAGUUGCUGGACUUAUUACUGCAAUUCACCAGCAAAGCCUUCAUGCCUAA